UACAGUUUUUUAAUGGCUCAUGUCAAUACUGUCCAUGCUAAAGCAACCUGCCGCCCAAAGUCUCACAUUGUUUUCCUCAAGACACACAAAACAGCAAGCAGCACGAUUUUAAACAUCCUAUAUCGCUAUGGUGAAAGUAGGAAGCUGACCUUUGCCCUCCCUCUGAACAAACACAGCCAGUUGUUUUACCCAUUCUUCUUUGCUUCACAUUUUGUGGAAGGUUUCAGCAGCAGAAGUGUGAAGGAGUUUCACAUCAUGUGCAACCACAUGAGGUUUAGAAAAUCUGAGGUGGCAAAGGUGAUGCCUGAGGAUACCUUCUACUUUUCUAUCCUGAGGCAUCCUGUAGCUAUGAUGGAGUCCAUCUUUAUUUACUACAAGAGCAUCCCAGCCUUCCGUAAAACUCACACCUUGGACAAGUUCCUUGAAAACAGCUGGAGAAACUACAACUCAUCAGUGACCAACAACCAAUAUGCUCACAAUAUAAUGGCUUUCGACUUUGGCUUUGACAAUAAUGUGACAGCUGAUGCUGAAGAUCUGGAGGAGAGAGCCAGCAUGGUUAUUGCAGCCAUUCAACGGGACUUCCACCUAAUUCUUAUUUCUGAAUAUUUCGAUGAGUCCAUGAUCUUGCUCAAGCAUGCCCUCUGCUGGUCCCUGGAAGAUGUGGUUUCCUUUAAGCUCAACAGUCGCAGUAAGCAAACUCGUCACAAGCUUUUACCAAACACUGCAGAGAAAAUCAAGAGGUGGAAUGCUUUAGACUGGAGAAUUUACCUGCACUUUAACACCACCUUCUGGCACAAAGUGGAUAGUCUGGUAGGGCAAAAGCAGAUGAAGAUAGAAGUAUCUCAGCUGAGAGAGCUACAGGCUAAGCUAGCAAACACCUGCCUGAAAGAUGGCGGGGCAGUCAACCCUUCCCAAAUUAAAGAUGCCAGACUGAAGCCAUUCCAGUAUGGAGCGGCUGUCAUUCAGGGCUACAACCUAAACACACACAUAGAUGUACAAACCAAAACAGAAUGUCUGAAAUUUAUAACUCCAGAACUGCAAUACACAGACCGUCUGUACACCCAGCAGUUCCCCAAGCUAGCUGAGAAACAUAGACAAGCAGCUAGAAUGGUUGCUCCACAGCAUCAACUCUCGAGCAGAACUGAUAAGAUGGGUAUGGUGUUGGCCAGGGAAGCCCAUCACAGACAGAUCAUAAGACGCAGAUCCUCAACUCUCAAGAACCAAAAACUUUCCACAAGUGCUCUAUUAACACAUACAGAAGCUAGCAACAAAUCAAGUACGGCAUGAGUGAUAACUAGAGGUGCACAGAGGUGUCAUCAGGUGAAAGACAAGAAGUGAGCAUGAUUUAUACCAGAUGUCAUGUUAAAUCAUACAAAUGUUGCAUUUUUUAACCAAAUUUUAAUUGGCAAUGCAAUUGUUGUGCCUUACAACCCACAAACUGACAUAAUGUUGUCAUAUAAUUAAUUAUGAAGCAUAUUUCUAAAUCUUGAUACUGUACUUUUCAUCUCUCCCUCUUUUGCAUGUUUUUAUUUUCAAACAAACUGACUUUUAUGAACUGUCUG